GGACUAGAACGGGGUAAAGCCUGAAGUCUGCCAAUGUUUUACAAUUAUUCUCAAUUCCCCUCAGUUUUUCCAUGCUCGUCGCGAUAAGAGGAUGAAUUGUUGCUAGAACAAUCCACUAGUGCUUAUAAACGAAUAAAUAAAUAAUAAAUUCUGAAAAUUUUUGAGCUCGUAUUAUCGAUAAUGAAAUGUCAUUUAAAGUACUUGAAAAAUGUCAAGUGAGACUGAAAAACGCAAAUUAGAGACUAAUAACAUUUAUCGAGUGAUUAAAUAUCGGGAUGUGCUGAGUAGUUGGAGAAUUAUUGAGAGUGGAAAAAUAAUCAAGAGUGGAAUAACGUUAGAGUGGUAAAGCUGAGAGGUAAAGCCAUCAAAGUGACGUAUUCCUUGGAAAUAUGUUUGACGACGAGAUAGUGGUAAUCGAUGACGCGAACGAGCACAGACAAGCUGAUGCGAAUUUUCAAUGGCCCAUUGCUAAUCUCGGGGGCAAAGUUCAGACCGAGUCUGAGCAAAAACUCCCUACGUGCACAUAUAUAGACGACCAUAAAAUAUCCACUGAAACUCGGUGUAAUCGUACUUCUUGUUCCCAAAAUCACCUGAAAAGUUUGUGUUUGGUAGCUGAAGGAAUAAGUGAAGACGAUAACUGCAUUUGUACGAGGGACUGGUCGACUCCUAGGAAGUCCAAUACAUCGGUUACGAUGGAGAACAUCGAGCUUGAGUCCCUGGUGCAUCCAGAUGACCUGGAUCCUCGAGUUAUUGGGGACGAUGUAAUUGAAUCUGUAUCGAACUGGGGUGCAUCGUUUUCACAUGGCUCUGGGGAUGACUCAAGUGGGGAGAUAUCUGCAUUUUGUUACACUCCGGAGAGACUUGUCAGGUCGAGGGAGUACAGGAUUUUAACUCCUUCUCCUAAAUAUUUCUUCGAGAGCUCUUUCGAGGAUGGCAUUGCGUCGUCGCCGUUCAACGAGUCACGAUCUAAAAUACCCAGGUUUAGGAUCAAGUUGGACGAUCUUAUUGAUUCAUCUAAAAUUGGAGCUUCGCAAUUAGAAGCUCUCUUGGACUCUAGUGCACCGGAAAUUCGAGUUCCUCUAUCAAAUCGACGAAUUCGUCGCAAUCGAGACCACCAGAUACGCCAAGUGGUUCAGACUGAGGUAUCUCCUUCCAAAGAACUCCUCGAAAUUGCCAAUCGAGAGAGUCCCAUUCGUUACGAGACACCCGAGCCCGCAAGCAGCAGCUCCUCGACUUAUGGAUACUUAUGCAACAGCCUAGGAGACCACGAAAAAUCAUCCCACUCGGUAGACGAUACUUCUGGGAUCCAAAGCAACACUUGGAGUGAAAGUAGUUCUGGAUUUCAGACCCCAGUCUGUUCCUCGGAAUUACAAACGGUCUCCACGAUAUGCAAAUGUCAGCGCCAGUCGAGAGGAGUAAUUACUCAAGUAGUGACUGUCCUCGAGGGUCUCUCACCAACAACUCUUCAUCCUCCAGACAUCAAUUACCUAAUCCAGGAUAGAUUCUCACCAAAUUUAUCCACCCACGAUUACCUAACGCGACUUGCGCUGUCAAUCGAAGCAGAAACUGAUCCUGAAUCGUUAAAAUACGACAGAACAACCGAGAAAGAUUUCAAUGAGCUCCGGGAGAGGCUGGAACAGCUCCAGGAAAAUAGCAAAGACAUGUACAGAGAUAUUGGACUCCUGCGAAUAGACUUUCAGUGUGAGGAACGAAAACUCGAUAAUUUAUUGAAUGAAACUUCACGACUUCAUCGCGAUAUGAGUGAACUUCGUUAUCUCGAUGACUUACUUAAUUUAUUGCGUGGUGAGCUAGCGAGAAUAUCAAGAAGAAACUGGCCCUUCGUUCUUGGUCAUGAUGAUUAUGACAACGAGGAAAUUAAUCUCGUCGUGUAAUCAAGACUGAAAUAUUUUAACAUUUAAUUUUUAUCUCUAUAUAAUGGUGAACAACAAACAUGUUUUCAAUUUUAAAGUACUGUUUAGA